GCUGGCCCUAGGCACGGAACGAAGUGUCCUCAGUUUCCAGCCCCUAAAGGGAGCCAGGUUCCCUCCUGGCAGAACCUGUCCAGGGAUGGCCGCUGUGUUGUUUCCUAAGCUCAGUAGCAGAUGCCACAGGAGGUGUGUGGGGCAGGGUGCCCGCCCAGGCUGCCUUCCUCCCGCCCUCCUCCUCCCCUGCUGCUGUUCCAUCAUCCCCAGCAGCCCUGGCUCUGGUAUCUGUGGGAUUUGCAUGACCCCCUCCACAUUAUAGAAGAAGGAGCAGGCACUCCGAGGAGCUAGGGGUUGUCAGCUGGGGGAGUUGGGUUCUGUCUCCCCCAACCUGGGUCUCACGAGGUCCACACUGCGAGGCUGGGUGCUGAGCUGCCCUGCACGGGAGCGCUGCGUGGCCAGUGCCCUGAGGUUGUUUAUUUGCAUUCCAGGCGCCCUCCACACACCCAGCUAUUUGCAGCUCUGACCCUUGCCCUGGCUUGGCCACGCUGCGUUCCCAGCCCAGGCUUCCCUCUCAGUUCCCUUCCCAGUGAGAAGCUCGGCAAGGGCAGGUCCCAGAAGGCACAACUGUGAUCUGGGAGGUGCUGAGCACCCACCUGUGACCCAUGGCCGGGGAGGGCCCAGUAACGUCAGCAUGGCGGUGCCCCCGAGAGGGUGGGGCAUAGACCCCACCCAGACAAACCCUGACACGUUCCCUCCUUCAGGGGCGCGAUGGAUGGAGCCCAGUCCUGAGAGGCCUGCAUGCAACCGGCAGGAGCCGACCCUGGGAAUGGACGCCUCAGAACACAGGGAUGUCCUCGUGCUGCUGCCCAGCCAGGAGCAGCUGCGGCUGACCGUGGGGGUGAAGGCCACUGGCCGGGAGCUUUUCCAGCAAGUGUGCAACGCGGUGAGCAUCAGAGACACCCAGUUCUUUGGCCUCUGUGUGAUCAGAAAUAAUGAGUAUGUAUUUAUGGAUUUGGAGCAAAAGCUCAGCAAGUACUUCUCAAAAGACUGGAAGAAAGAAAUAUAUGAAGAAAAUGAGAAACCCGGAGCCCCUUUCGUGGCGUUCCUCCGGGUGCAGCACUAUGUGGAAAACGGAAGGGUCAUAAGCGACCACAGGGCACGGCACCUGUACUACUGCCACCUGAAGGAGCGUGUGCUGAGGUCGCAGUGCGCCCACCGGGAGGAGGCCUACUUCCUGUUGGCCGCCUGUGCACUGCAGGCUGACCUGGGCGACCACCGGGAGCCGGCCCACACCGGGAGGUACUUCGAGCCACACUCCUACUUCCCACAGUGGAUCAUCACCAAGAGGGGGAUUGACUACAUCCUCCGGCACAUGCCCGCCCUGCACCGUGAGCGCCAGGGCCUGAGCCCCAAGGAGGCCGUGCUGUGCUUCAUCCAGGAGGCCUGCCGGCUGGAGGACGUACCCGUGCACUUCUUCAGGCUGCACAAGGAUAAGAAGGAAGGUCACCCCACCGUGAUCCUGGGACUGACCCUCAGGGGAGUGCACAUCUACCAGGGGAAGAAGCUGGAGAUCCAGCUGGACGGGCUGCCCGCGGCACAGAAGCUGGUUUACUACACGGGCUGCACCUGGCGCUCGAGGCACCUGCUGCACCUGCUGCGCGCCAGCCACCAGCUCCACCUCCGCGUGCGGCCCACACUGCGGCAGCUGCGACAGCGGGAGGAGGCAGAAGAGAAGCAGCACUACCGGGAGUCCUACAUCAGCGAUGGGCUGGAGCUGGACCCGGACAGCAGGGGCUCCCCGGGCAGUGGGGUCAGCAGCCAGCACUGCCCUCACCGCCUCUCACGCCACUCCGCCGACAGCCAUGGCAGCUCCCACACGUCAGGCAUCGAGGCUGACUCCUGGCUCAGGGAAUCCAGAGAGAUGUCUGUGGACACACCCUUGGAGGUCCAGGGGCUCCAUGAGAAGGAGCUGUCCUCCAGCCCCAGGACCAGCCACAGCCACCCCGGCAUAUGUGGUGACAGCCAAGCCACUCACCAGGAACCCUGCGCCGAGGUCAGGACCAGAGGCCAGAGCACCGAGGCUGUGCACCAGAUCUGGGAAAUGAAAGCCGGGGUCAGCGAGGAGCCGCACAGCCGCAGCCUGGACGACACACGUCUGCACCAGCUGGCCCUGCAACCAGCGCCCACCUCACCCAGCCAUACCUUCCACUGUGCCCCAGACUGCGGGCUGGCAGCCCCCUGCGAGAACAGGGCCACUCUCCCCAUCAAGAGGUCCGGCAACUGCCUCACCCUGGACCUGUUCGGAGAGACCCCACCCCCACAGGAGUUUGUGGUGUAGGCGCCAUCCACCCAGCAGCGCUGUCUGCACCACCAGGCUCAGCCCCCGCCCACCCCACUGCCACGUGGCCCUCGGCCCUUCCUGCCCGCCGGACGCUGCCCACACCUCCGCAGCCAGCACGCUCCACAGGUUCACCUGUAAAAGGUGUGGAGUGGCUCUGAUAUCAACCUGGGAGGUGACAAACAGGUCCCGCACCUCAUCCCUGUCCUCGGUGCACCCAGGAGCUCCUUCCAUCGGGGUCUCCAGGGAGCAGGUUCAAGGUCUGGCUGUCUUGUGUCUAGAGAGCCAUGGUGUUGGCCCCUGAGGCAGCCUGUCACCCAUCCUAGUCUGGGAGAGAAGGUGACGCAGCUGGGCCCAGACCCUGGAGAGAGGGCUCUGCAGUUUCCCACACUGCCAGCUCCCCGAGAGACAGCUCCCGGGCCAGAGUUCACGGUGGUCAUCACUGUGCAGGACCCAGGCUCCUCCUAGACCUGAACCCCUCUCUGUAACUCCUGUUCACCAGCGCUGGGCCUGCCAGACAGAGACCCUUCUUGAGGUGCAAGCCCAGCUCUGUCACCUGAGAUCCAGCCAGAGACCCUCCUCCACCAUCCGCAGUCAAUGGCUGUGUUUUCCCUUCCCGGUCAGGGCUUCCAAAGACCCCACUGCCCCGGAGCUGAUGCUGACUCUGUUCCCAUCUCAGCCAUGAGGCCUCGGGACCCACUCUGCUCACUGGUGGCUUCCUUAAGCCAUUGUCCUGGCUGGGGUGGGGGUGGUGCAGCCCAGUUGGUGGAGGGGAGAGGCUUUGGUGACAGAUGGGGAGUGAGGGACUGGCUAUUCAUGGCACCUGCUCUGACCCCGGUGGGCUCCAGGGGUAAUGCAACCUCGGUACCGUGGGCUCUGGAAGGCCACCAGGGUAGGGUCUCCCCAGGGCUCCUCCUCCUGCAUGAGACUCCUGCACACGUGCAAACCUGCUGUCCUCGGCAUUUAGAGGAAUGGCCCGUGUAUCCCUGCUAGUCUCAGGCCCAACACAGAGCACUGAGAGGCCACAGUGGUUCAGCCCUGUGUCCUGAACACCACUGCCCCCUUCACUGUCUGUGUGGUGAAGACCACACCACACCACCCUCCAGCUCACUGGAGACAAGCGUGAGCUUGAGCCCCGUGGCCUGGUGCAGGGCCGCGUGCAUUGAGGCCGCCUCUUUGAUGGGUCCAUCCAGGGGGGCCCUCUCCUUUCUGUGAAAGGGAAUCAUGUGUGUGCCCCAGGCACGUGUAAUAAAGAACCCGAGAGAUGCCUCCUGCUUGAACCAGGACCCGCCUGCCUGGGGGCCUGGUGAGAUGCCGGCUGUAACUCA